AUGUCAGACAAAGGAAACAAACCGAAGGACUUCGAUGGAACGAGGUCAAAAUAUCAAGAAUGGAUUUAUGGAUGCCAUAUGUACAUUUUGGCCAAUCCAACUAAAUAUGACACCGAUAUAAACAAGACACUACUGGUCUUGUCAUACAUGAGGGAAGGAACGGCAUCACUGUUCGCCCAGAAAUACUAUUUCGACAGAGAACUCCGAGAAUACAAAGCAACGGAGACCAAAGUUACAUGGGGAAUGUUCAAGGCAUUUCUAACGGAGCUAGCCGCAGCAUUUAAGGACAAAAGCCUCGAACAGAAGGCAAGGCAGAAGCUAUUCACCAUGAAAAUGGUAAAAUGCUCAGCAGAUGACUUCGUCAUGGACUACCUCAUGACAGCUAGAGAAAGCGGAUUCGAUUUAGAAUCCACCAUCAACUAUUUCCGCCGAGCCAUACACCCAGAAAUUCUCAAACAGAUCUACCAGCUGCCAGAAAUGCUGACCACCAUGGACAAUUGGGUAAAAUAUACCCACAGAUUUGACAACCAAUGGAGAGAGCUGCAGAGCAUAAAAAGCUCCGUACCCGCCACCCUAAUUCGACAGAACAACCCCUUCCGCUACAACUCAUUGAACGCCCCUUCCUCCAUGAAUAAUUCUGUCGUCCCGAUGGCCAUCGACUCAGUCCACAUGGCCUUGACUGACGAAGAACGAAACAAGUUGCGAAUGGAGGGUGGGUGCUUUUACUGUCGUCAGAAAGGACAUAUGGCGAACCAAUGCCCUGCUAGGGGUUCAUCUAGGAUACAUGAAGGGUCAGCUGGACAUGUUCAACAGAGUAGUGGAAAGAUGGGGAACCGCCUGGCUCAGGCCGGUGGAAAAAUGGCAACAGGAGGAGGAGGCUAUGGCCGAGUGUUCUUGGCAAGAGCUCAGAGCAGUAAUGAGAGAAGCGCUACAAUCCAGGGUGGAAGCAUGGCAACGACUAAUCCGUUCCGAGCCAGGCUCGCAGCGCGGCAAGCCUACACACCUGGACUGGAUGAAACUGUACGUCAGGAGGAGCCUGAGGUUAGCCGAGAAGAAGUCCAGAAGUUCAUAGGGAAGUUAAGAUGGGACAAGCAAGAAGUGCUUCUUCAGGAAUUGAGCGAAGGAAGCAAGUGA